AUGGAGACUCCACAGUCCUCUGCUUUGUCAAGGCAGCAGCCUGCAGCGAAAAGGCGGCUGACGAAGCGUCAAGUGACGACGGAGGUUUUCCCCGAUGUCGUGCCGCUUUCGCGCUUGCAUCUGGAUCUUGCGUGUGGUGCCUGUUUGGGUGAAUUUCAAGAUGACCAGUGCUCAGAGGGACCUUACAAUGAUGGAACCGGAGGUGGGUCUUCGGUUGAGGCGUCGGAGUCUACGGCCGAGACCGAGCCUCUUUUAGGUGGUUCCUCUUCCUCUUCGUCAUCGUAUGCGCCUCGAGUGUCCCAUACCGGAGGUACUGCGGAUGCUGUUGUGUCUCCUUGUGCAUCCUCUGUCUCUCCACCUAGCGCUGCGCACACGCGGAGCCGCUCGUCUGCGCGAGCAGAGUUCUCUCCGCUCUUCCCAUCGGCGUCGUCGCAUUUGCUCCCGCUGGGAUUGAUCUCCGGCUGCAGACAUGUUUUCCAUUAUUUCUGCAUCCAGAAAUGGGGUUUCACAAGGGAGAAUUCUUGCCCACAGUGCAAAACAAGAUUCACGUGGUUGGCGCGGUACUCGAGGACUGGAGAGAGAGAGGGUGUGGUGCCAGUGCGGAGACUUGACCAAAAGCGUGCGCAGGUGGACGAGGAGAAUUCCGAAGAGAUCACGCGCAUAAUUGAGAAUCUGUUCGAUCUUGGAGGAUGCCCUGCAUGCGGAGAAGCGAUCCGCAGCGACAGCGAUGGCGGCGUCCUCGUCUGCGAGGCCCAGUCCUGCGGGGACAGGUACCAUCGUCUGUGCUGCAACAUAUCUCCUGGUCACGAAAACUAUUCCGGGCCGUGGGUUUGUCCCUCCUGUCGCGAGUCAAGGCACCCCUGCAUCGAUGACGAGGGCAGGCGGAUUCGGCGCGAUCAGAUAAUGGAGGAUGGCUUUGUGGAGGCGAGACGGAGGCGACAAGGCAGGGCCCGCCGACUGACCAGCGUGCCCAGGGCCGCGAGCUCGCGUGGACGCCGCGGACGCUCCGCCGCGCCACGGCGGAUGCAGCAGUUGCGCGACUGCAGCGACGCUGAUUUCUCGGAUGCGCACAGCGGCCGGCAGGCAGACUCAGCAGAGUGUUCUGAGGCGGUAUCGCCCCAUGUCUCGCAAGACGACGUCUCGCCCGGUAGGGCCGUCUCCAGUGCUCACGUGGCUGCUGAAGGCUGCGAAACGCGCCCGUGCAGAGGCAGGCAGCCAAACCCACAGGAGACCCAUUCGUGUGACGAAAUCGUUUUGAGUCCGGAUGCUAGCUCCGACGAAGAUGACGCGAGGCCACGGGGCCCGGCCGCGCUGGGUCAAGGCUCGAGAAGAGAGGCGUCAAGUGCGGCGCAAGCAACGAGAGGAUCGUCGGCUCCCCCACCAGAAGGAAGCAACAAUGCGGAAAAUGCACAUCUGAGGCGUCGUCUGAACGGAAGGCUAGAUGGACAGCCCGCGCCAGGCGCCCUGGCGUCGUGCCGUCCCAAAGGCGAUGGCGCUCAGUGGCUCAGGGAGAUUCUCAGCCUUGGUGCUUCGGCAGGAGUUCGAGAACGGGGGUCCAACCGUGGUACUUCCCCGUCACCGGGGGUGCCUGAGCUGUCUCGCGUAUCUGACCGCAUCCCGUCACCUGUGUCAUCAUCUUCGUCUCGGGGGCUGCCGAGUGGUUCGCCUAGUGAACGGCCAGAGUCUGUUCCUUGCGCGGCAUCCUCUACUCCGUCUUCUUCCUCGACGCAGCGUCCUCCCUCAGCGUCCGUCUCAGAACCACCUGCGGCCCGCGGUGCCGACACGUUGUCGUCGCUCUCCGUGUCUUCUGGGUCAGAGACGGCGAACCCCGACGAUCCGCAGACGAUCUCAGCACUGGGGAAACAUUUGGCUAGCCUUUUAGAAGUGGGUUGGGAGCAGCAGUCCUCUUGCGUGCGAUCUGCCGCAUCUUCGCAACGUACUGUUGACCUCGCCGACCCCCCGCAGGCUUCAGGCUCGCCAGAUCCGACUAAUGGAUCGAUGGGAGCGGAUGCCAGUUCUGACAGUGGGUCAGCAGCGGUACUGGACGCCGUUCCGCGUAUUCACAGGCAUCCUCCCCCCCGCCGCCGGAUCCCUAUUAACACAGAGCUAAUAACAACUGGUGCGUUUCGCCCGAAACGGCAGGUUGCUUUUCCGGGUCCUUCAUCCGUCCUGCUCAAGCGGCGAAGGCAGUUUUCUUCGUCUGCUUCCACUGGGCGCCGCGCAUGGGCGCGGCAGCAGUGCUUGCCCGUUAGCGUCAGUGCCACCGUACGAGCAGGCACUGGAACCGUGGAUUGGUCAAGAACGCGAAGUUCGCAUGAAGUGCCGAUCGCAACAUAUGCAUCUGUCACUCGCGACGCUGUCUCUCGGCCCGACUCUGUCUCUGCGUCGAUGCGGCAUUCAUGCGCUCCGGUUGAACGCCGUCCCGCAGGAAGUCAGCGCGUGGAGUCGGCGGAGACAAGUUCCUGCGUGCCUUGCGCCCUCCCCACUCACUCCGCCCAUCUUUCUUCGUCUUCGGCUCUGGCCUCUCGCAACGGUCUCUUCAGCAUCCGACGAGCUGUGCCGAGUUAUUCUGAAUCGGCAUCCAGGGACACCAGUCUUGUUUCGAGGCCCGUGCCCGUGUGUGGUUCGCUACUAGUGAGUUCUAACGGCACUGACUCGUCAGCCCGUGACAAUCGCGCACCCACCGCAGGUAGGAACACAGCUCCAACUUUCCGAAAAAAACCUUCGGCUGGAGGCGCAGCUGACGAGAAGAGGAUCCCACGGUACCUUGAAUUCUUGUGGGAGCACAUCAAGAGGGCAGUUUCGUCGGAUGGGAAACGCCCACGCUGGCUCAAAGCAAUCUAG